CGUUAUAUGGACAACUAACUAUAAAAAAGAAAGCCAGAAACAGGAUAUAGCACACCAGACGGACGAGCUCAAGAAAAGUCUAUUUGAAAUGAAUAUAAAGUCCAAGACAUUAAAGAACCCAGUCAGGGCAAACGACCUCAAUACAUACCACAGCGGAGACCUUGGGUUAUACGUUCUUCGGACUUUCAAGACGUUCCUCAACUCAGCUGCUUCACAGAGUUCGGCGGAUAGCAUACCCUACCGCAGGAAGAAAGCUUUGAAAGAAAAUGUGCUAUGUACGGCAAACGACGGACUCUCUCCCGCUACCGUAGCAACACAGUACCUACUUCACGAUCAAAGCCGAGUAAUCCAAGAUUUCGAGGAUGCCGCAUCGCCAAGCAACAUCGACAACGAGGCGAUGCGCCAACUAUCCACCCUGACCAGACGAGAAGAAUUCAAAACCUGGCUACGAGAAGACGGCAAAGCUACAAAACUCCUCAUACACGGCGGCCUCGACGACACCAGCACCCUCUCCGCGCUCUCCUACCUCUGCGCGCGCAUCCCCAUGGAAUACCUCCGGAAAACCCGCACGGGAUUCAUAUGCCUCCACUACUUCUGCAGCCUGCGACGAGCGCGUCGGGAAGACCCCGCCGACGCAUUCGACAUCGUGCGCAGUCUCUGCGGCCAACUCCUCGCGCACGCCGAGCUAGUCUCCGAUUUCGACCUAAGUUUCCUCGACAAGAAAUGGCUGCAACGGAUCCGCGAGCAAAACUUCGUCAAAACAUACCGGUUGUUUCUGCGUCUCCUGAAGCAGCUCGACGGGAAGAAGAUGAUAGUAUUCUGCUUCAUAGACUCCAUCUCGCUCUACGAGACCGGCAGCCUACGGCACGAUACCGAGAGGCUCUUUUCGUCGCUUGAGGAGUAUUCCAGGUCCCAAAGACGUCGCCAGAGAGGGAAGAGGCCGAAGUUGAUAUUUAAGCUGCUUGUGACGGAUGCUAUGGCGACUGGUUAUGUGCGCAAGUAUUUUAGGAGAAAAGGGGAGAUGAUAGAUAUGGAUGAAGGCGACGAGCGUGGCGAUAAUGAUGAUGUAGAUUUAGAUGUUCUUUACGGUUGACUUUUAACAUAUCUAAAUGUCUCUAUCAGGGCAAGAGGUGAUUAUAAAGUCUCUGCUUUUCCUUUUAAAGUAUCCUUGGAUAUUUGAAGC